AUGAAAGCCGCACAAGACAUUGCUGAGGGAAAGAAGACCAGCAUUGAUCUGGAGCGCACUGCAGCGAAGAGGCCUGCUAAUGAUCAGAGCGGUAGCUCUCGAAGUCUGAGCUCAUCCAGUACGGCGAAGCCGAAGUCUGACCGUGAUAGGGAAGAAUAUGCACGUCCUAUGGAGAAAAAUAGGACUUCGACUGGACCUCCAAAAUCUUCGUCCGGUUUGAAACCCUCGUCAUCAUCCACUUCGAAACCAGUACCGUCAUCUAGCUCAAAACUUUCUUCAUCGCUGAGCAGCUCCAAAAGGCCGGAAGGUCGUCCACAGUCUUCUGCAGUUCCACAUUCGGGAUCUUCAACGUCAUCAAAGCCGUCUGCAAAUGUGCCGGUUGAGAAGCAAGAAGAGAAGAAGAAAGAUAAAGAUACCAAAGGUCGUUUCAAAAAAGGACCUACCCCACCUCCAAUGAUUCCGCCUGCUGUUCCUGGGCGAAGGUAAGU